AUGCCUUUCGGCAGCGUAGCUCGCGAGCUCGCGGACUAUCUGCGACGCCGCGAGGCGGUCUACGGAGUAAGGGAUCCUCCUAUUCGAGCAUCAGUACAACCUGAAUUUGCGGGAUUUGUAAGGAGGGGCCCGGCAUCGCCUAGAACCAUCCCAAUGAUAACACAGAGAAUAAAAGGAGGAAUCACUAUGGCCAUCUUGGCCGCCUUAGAUAAUCUCUUAGAUGGG